UAGCACACGGAUGUGAUUACAAGUUCAGAGUUGCAUAGCUGAUAGGUGAAGUGUAUAGUUGCAGAGAGAGAAUUAAGCAUAGAAUAAAAGAGGUUCUUAGAAGGUCGUUUGUUUGUGCGAAAGGUUUUCUUCUUAAUAUGGAAUCCCUCACUCUCUUCUCUUUCUCUCUCUAAAAAGGGAAGAGCAUUGGUUUAGAGAGGGAGAGAGAGAGAGAGUGAGACACCGGUCCCAUCAGAUCGAAAUCUCUAAUUCUUUUUCUUCAAUUUUUAUUUUUAUUUUUCCUCCAUGAGGAUCUGAGCUCUUCAAUGGUGUUACCAAACAACCCACUUUCUUCUUUCCUUGUUUUUAUUCCCUAAUUAUUAAAAAUUUCCUGCUUUUACUCUUUUGCUUUUAUUUAUUUUUAUGUAAUCCGUAUAUUUUUGUUUUUCUAUUCUGCCUUUUCUUCUCUGUUGGUUUUUUGUCCUGCCUAGUGCCAGUAUGGGGCUCUGAAUUCUCCAUGCUCUGUUCAAUGUUUUAAUCCAUUGGAGGCUCAUGAGAAGAGAUGGCUUCAAGAUGUGAGUUUAAGGAGUAUGGGAACCCAAGUGCAGAAUAAGGACCACUUUCCAGUUUAUCACCACAUGAGAGACCUCAACGGGAAUGCUAGCAGCAAUAAUUGGCCAUUUUAUUACAGCGAUAGAACCUUAACAAAUGGGCAAUAUUGUAAUGGUUUCAUGCCAAUGACCAUAACAGAUGCAAAUUCUGAUUAUGAGAAGGAUGCAGUAAAGCAGAAAAUGAUUGAACAUGAGGCUGUUUUCAAGAAUCAAGUUUCAGAACUCCAUCGACUUUACAGAAUCCAAAGGGACAUGAUGGAAGAUGCUAAAAGAAGGGAACUUAAUAAACAUUGGAUGCCAAUGGAGCCAUCAUCUUCAUCUAGCAUCCUAGGUUCACAAAUGCCAUCAGAAUAUGCUUGGAAAUGGCAAAACACAUGCUUUCCUUUCGUAAAUUCCAGAUAUGCUAGGCCAGCUGCGUCUAGCACUGACAUUGUUAACUCUCCCCUAAGCUGUACAAAGGGAAAUGACAUACAGUCUGGUCGAAUUCCAUUUCAAAACGGGUGUUCAUCAAAACACUAUGAAGUGUUGGAUUCUAGACCAUCAAAGGUGUGUAAAAAGUUGUUUGAUCUUGAGCUCCCAGCAUACAAGUACAUUGAUACUGAAGAGGGAGAACACUUGCAUGAUUCCAAAGAAUCUUUUCAUCCUGGAAACUCUAAGAAUACUCAAGAGAGUAGUGUGAAGUUGUUUCUUGAUGGCCAUGGAGCAACUGAUUGCCGAAAAGAUGCUUUUACAUCCAGUUUAUGUCUAAGAAGUGGAAAUAAGUUGGCUGAUCUCAAUGAACCUGCCCAGCUUGAUGAAGCAACCACUCAAUCACCUGUUAGUUUUUUUAGCCAUGACACUAAUCACACAGAGGCUAAAAACUCAAGUGUUAUUGGUAAAUCAAAUCCAUUAUUGGCUUCAUCAAGAGAAGGGAUCCAGAACUGUCAUUAUGGUAACGGAUUUUUAAGUAAUCUAUCUGCAGAGAGCCAGGGAAAACAGAGAGGAUUGCUCCCAUACACAUAUGAAGCAGGUCACGUUAAGAAAAACCAAAGUCAAGCACUGGAGGGUCUUGAAAAAAAUAAGUUACACAUGCAUUGCCAUCCUGCUGAAGGUAUACAAGGCAGAGCUCAGCAACAUCCUGGAAUUCAUCCAACUCAUGGUAUUAGGGGUGACAUGUGGAGGGGGAAGACAGGUUGUGGGUUACCAACCUUUGAGAAAAAUCAUGACAACUCCAAUAACAGUUGUGUGGAACCACUUGCUACUUCCGUGUUUUCCACUUCAUAUACACUUGCUAAUUCAUCACAAUUUGCCAAUUCAUGCUCACAUUCUGUAUCAGCUUGGGGAAAGUCAACGAGUAGUGUCACUCAGAAAGUGGUAUCAUUUCAUAAAAGCCCUUGUCUGAACUCAUCAACAUCCUUGGAAAUGCGGCUUUCUGAAAACACCCACACAUCCAUUGGGGACAACAUCAAUGGCAGUUCUAGGGAUAUGAAUCCAGGUUUGAGCAGUGAUGUUCUGCUCAGGAAUGGGUUCGCCCAUGGAUCUUCUAGGUUGAGGGAUCAAUCUACUUGCUUACCUUCAAAUUUUUUAAACAAUAUGAAGAGUAGUAGGGGUGAUUAUAUGUCAUCUGCACGCUCUACUAACCAUUGGCAUGAUGAGAAGCUUCUUGUAAGCUCCAAUUUUAUGGAUUCAAAGUCCACCAAAGGUUUGGAUUUGAAUGAGGCCAUCGGUAAGGAAGAUGAAGAGUUGGUUGACAAUAAAGAUAAGCUUGGAGACAGUGCGCCAAUAUUGUGUUGGCUUAAAGAUAAGCCGGUUUGUAAAAACACGGGUAGAAUACCAAACUCUGAUUUUGGUUUCAUUCAAUCCUCUCCGAAUCCACCUUUUUGCCAGAGUAACAAUUCAAAGCAUGCCAAUGAGGCCUUCAGUCAGAGUAUAACAUUCAGUGAGAGAACUAUGGAGGCCAAGGAAGUGGGAGAGACUCCAUUUGCUAAAAAAAUUCUAGGGGUUCCAAUUCUUGAAAUUCCUUUUCAUUCCAAGCAUGAGUCAUCUUCGCGUAUUUCUACUUCAGCAACCAUUUGUUCCUCAGCUGAAGGAGAGCUCCUCCGAAAUGAAAAGAAGUGCAUGAUUGAUAUCAAUGUGGCUUGUGACCUUUCAAUUGAUGAGUCUGAUGAAAUGGCAGUCCCAGAACCACUUUUUGCAGGGAAAGGGUUGGAUUCAGAACCUGCUGGUAUGCGAAAUCACUUUGAUUUAAACUCGUGUAUUACCGAGGAAGAUGAUGCAUUAGGACCAUCGGUCGCAAGCAAUAAUGUAAAGACAAGGGCCAUAUUGGACAUAGAUUUGGAAGCUCCUGUUGUUUUGGACUCCGAGGAAGAUAAUCCGCCCAUACAAGAAAAUAACCAACACGAGACAUCUUUGCAAUUGCCUGAGCACAAAACUAAGAAGGCCGACGAUGAAGUAACCUGGAUUGCAGCUGAAACAAUAGUUGCCAUGUCAUCUGUUCAGUGCAUUCCGACAGAAAAUACACGUGAGAAUCCAUCUGAAGAUCCUUUUGCAGAAACACUUUCGUGGUUCGUUGAUGUAGUCUCUUCUUUUGCCAAUGAACUCAAGCUGAAUUCAGGCAAAGAAAGUAGAGGCAAGGGUGGUGUGCUUAAUGAGCAGCAUUUUUCCUACGAGGGAAUAGAUUAUUUUGAGGCGAUGACAUUGCAACUAACAGAGACUAAGGAGGAAGAAUACAUGCCCAAGCCUUUUAUUCCUGAAGCUCAAAACAUGGAAGAUGCAGGUGAACAUUUGGCACCAACUCGAACCCGAAGGGGCCAGGCAAGGAGGGGAAGGCAACGGAGGGACUUUCAAAGGGACAUCCUACCUAGUUUGACUUCCUUGUCGAGGCACGAAGUGUCUGAAGACUUCCAGACAUUCGGAAGGCUGAUGAGUCCUCAGGCUUGUGGAUUCACCAGAAGAAAUGGGACCAGAAGUCUGGGUGCUAGGGGAAGACGACGAAUUAUGGUUGUUGAAACUGAACCUGCUGUUGUUUCAAACCCCGUUACCACUUCCCUGUUGCAGCAACUUAAUAAAGGAGGCCUGGAGGAUAAAAGCCUAACGGGGUGGGGAAAGAGAACCAGACGCCCUCGAAGGCAAAGAUGCCCUCCUGCAGCUAAUCCUCCCAUAGCCACGGUGACCUAAACCGUGGGAAGAGGCAGUUUAUAAUCAAUCCAUCAUAUUUUAUAGAGAGGAAGAAAGACAGUCUAGGAAGUGUUGGUUUUAUGAGUUUGUGAGAGUGAGGUUCUUAGCUAUGGGGAUCAUUCUUGUAUAUGUCCUUUGUAGCCCUCCUCCAGUCCUCCCCAUGGCUGUUAUUAUGUUUAUUUUGGUUGGUUUUACUAACUUGUUUUAUUCAGGAAUAAUGCUGUGUGUUGUCUUUUGGAUUUAUACAUCAUUGCUUCAAAUCCAAAUACUUCAGGCAGUCUGUCUCCUACAGACAUUAGCUUCUCUACUA